GGUCAUUUUACUGUCUUAUUUUAUUUGUGUAAGUCCUUAAUAACUGGAUACAUUAAACAGUUCACCCGCAGAUCAGGUAAUUGUCGUCCAAUAAGUCCUACCUCUGCUUUUCUUCCUUAGCUCAAUCAUUCUGUUUAGCUGAAAUAUGUAACAUUUCAGACAUCGACCUAAUAUUGUUCUAGUUGCUGAGCCGAGGCAUUACAAUGGAUUUUGUUGAUUUUGAAUAUGCAGCUGCACUUGUUGAGUUUAAUGAGUCAUUCGACCAUAUGGAAACCGACGACUUAAGCAUUCAGUAUUGUGAAUUAGCACUAGUCCAGGCUACAGUUUCCCACGAUGUCGACUUGGAGGAAAUGACAGCGAUCCGUAUUCAUUAGCUUAACGACUAGCCUAUCAACGAAGAACUACGUUCCUGAACAGAU